AUCAAGUUCAUCAUUGUGACAGUGUCGGAGAGCUGCAAGGACAUGAUGCUCCAGCUGGUAACAGACUACAACCUCCACAAGGUCACUGUUGUUGCUGGGUCCCCAACCAGGCACAGAUCUAUCUACAAUGGCAUCAAGGCUGUUUCAGGUGUAUGCAGUGCACCAGAUGUUGUCUUGAUUCAUGAUGCAGUUAGAUAUUUGGUGAAGAAGAUCCUCAUCCGAGACAUUGCCUUGGCUGCUCACAAACAUGGGGCAUCAGGAGUCACCCGACCCCUCAUAUCCACGGUGAUUGCGUCAGAUUCUGACGGGAUGUUGACAGAGUCCUUGGACAGAAGUCAGUACGCUGCGAGCGAAAUGCCGCAGGGAUUUAAGUAUCAUGUCAUUAAACAGGCCUACGAGAAGAGUACCGACUUUGAUUUUGACUAUGGUACUGAGUGUCUUCUGCUGGCCAAGAAGUACGCUGGUGUGAAUGCGUGUAUAGUGGCCGGCAAGCCCUACUUGUGGAAGGUGACACACAAGAAGGAUCUACAUGCAGCAGAAGCAAUGCUGAAAGAACAGUUUCUCCAAGUAGCCAUACUGGCCACAGCUGGACAAGAUGUGUUAGUGGAUACCCUUGAGAGACAGCUGUGUACUGCCGUGAGAUCUGAGCAGGUUAAAGUCACGUCGGAGAUAAUCACACAGUCUCACAGUGAACAUGCCAACACCUUCAUCCACAUCCACUCCUCGCUGCCCUCUAACCGGUCAGCUCUGAAUCCGGCCACCCAUCCAUGUGGUGACCGGCUAUUGUUUGACCACUGCCACAUUCACGUGUUCAUGCUUGAACCAACCCAGGUGUCCGACCAGCAUCACCAACUGAGUGUUCACUUCAAGCAACUGGCCAUCCAGCUGAAGGGUCAGCAUUUCAUGGUGUAUGCUGUUCUAGCUCAGACAACAGAAGGCUGUGAAGCAGUUUCAGCUAUGGUGAAGCAUCUGGUCAUCCACAGAAGUACAGCCCUCUCGGGACAAGUCUUCCUUGUGUGACCAAGAGUUGUCUCCCUUCUCCAUAAUCAGUAGCUCUUCCCAUAUACAAGUAUUUCUGAUACUAUCAGUAUGUAUACUUUGUAUUAAAGAAACCUCCUGUGCCAUAAUUCUGAAGAAUAUGUGUAAGCAAUAUCUAACUAAUUCAAGUGCUGAAUUUCCAGGAACAUUUUGUCUCUCAUUCCUGACCUGAACAGGCCUCUAUGUUCACUCAGAUUUAUUUACAUCAGAAGACACCGUAUAGAUAUAGAAAACAACCUUACUGAAUGUGCAUCUAAUCAUCAUGAAACACAAUUCAGAAGACACCAUAUAGAUAUAGAAAACACCCUUACUGAAUGUGCAUCUAAUCAUCAUGAAACUCAAUUCAGAAGACACCAUAAUU